AUGCCUCCGAGACUCCCUAGGCCUGCGCUCUCGUCUGCGAGUAGAGGGUUGUCUCGCUCUCUGGCCGCUCGAGCGCUCGCUGCAACUCCAGUCACUCGUGCCCAAUCUAGCUGGGCAUCGGCGAUAGACGAGGCAAAGAGUCUGGUGCAGGACCAACUGGCCCAGUUUCCGCCGUCAUCGUCAUCAUCGAGCUCUGCAUCAUCGUCCGCAGCUGCAUUCUUUGGCGCCCCCGAUGCUGCCUCUUCUCCAUCAGCAUCCUCCUCCAACAGCGCCGCACCGACCGCUUCCAUCAUCCAAGACCCGCUCUCGCUCGUCUCGUCAGAACUAUCAUCGCUCCGUUCCAACGUCUCCUCCUUGCUCGGCUCCGGUCACCCGAGCUUGGACACAAUAGCAAAGUACUACUUCCAGGCAGAAGGCAAGCAUGUGCGCCCGCUCAUCGUCCUGCUCAUGAGCAAGGCUGUGAACGGUCUCUCGCCUCUGUACCCGGAACUACUGACCCAGGCGCAGAAUUCGACGCAACGCAGCGAUACGGGCAAGUCCAUCGAACGCGACAUGGGUAUCAACGAGCCUCUUUCCCCCGGCAGCGUGCUCAACGACUUUAAUCCACACAUGGAGAGCAUCGAAGGAUCACUUUCUAGCGGAGCAAUCAAGCAAGAUACAAGUGCAGCGGCAGCGCUCGCCUCUGCUUCGGGUGCCAUCCUGCCCACGCAGCGCCGACUCGCAGAGAUCACCGAGAUGAUCCACGUCGCCUCGCUGCUUCACGACGACGUCAUCGAUGCAUCACCACUGCGUCGUGGUGCUCCUUCGGCCCCUUCUGCCUUUGGCAACAAGCUGAGCAUCCUCGGUGGCGAUUUCUUGCUCGGUCGCGCGUCCGUCGCGCUCGCCCGUUUGCGCGAUGCCGAGGUCGUCGAACUGCUUGCUACUGUCAUCGCCAAUCUAGUCGAGGGCGAAGUGAUGCAACUCAAGUCGCAGGCUGCUACUUUGCAGGCCGGGGACGCCUCCACCACAGCCUCCCUCCCCACCCAUGCCAACAUCUGGGAGUCGGAGGGCCUCCUGGCGCACACGAUGGGGUUGUCCGAUUCCGAAGCCAAGCAAGCAGUUGAUCAUGCUACGUCGACAGCGAACCAGCCUACACCCGCCCAUUUUUCGCUCUACCUGCAGAAGACGUAUCUCAAGACAGCUGCGCUGAUCGCCAAGUCCACGCGUGCUUCCGUCAUCCUCGCCGGGUGUGGAGCCGACGCUGUCACGAAAGCUAAGGUGGCUCCGUCGGUCGGCGAAGAGAUGCGUCGCAUCCGAGACGCAGCCUAUGGAUACGGUCGAAACCUCGGAAUUGCUUUCCAGCUCGUCGACGACCUGCUCGAUUUCCAAUCCACCUCGGCCGCUUUCGGCAAACCAUCCGGCGGCGCGGAUCUCCGUCUCGGUCUGGCUACAGCCCCCGUUCUGUACGCGUGGCAGGAGUUGCCGGGGGAGCGCAUCCACGAGUUGGUCAGCAGGAGAUUCGAGGGUGAAGGCGACGUAGAAAAGAUGUUGAGGUUGGUCGAUCGAAGUCAAGGGUUGAAGAGGACUGCUGAGCUGGCCAAGGAGCAUGCUAGAAGGGCGACCGAGCACUUGGAUGUGCUGCCGGACUCGGAGGCAAAACAGGCGCUUGUCAGGUUGAACGAACAGGUGAUCAAGCGCGUCAAGUAG